CACCUCUUGAAUCUGGGUUGUUGUUAUUCAGCAACAGGCCCGAACUGACCUUCAUUGCUUCAUGAGAUUGGAUACCAUGCAAACUGCUCAAGAUGGCGCUCAAGAAGAGCCCAUUGAUUUCUCAUCUCUAUGUACUGCCGACAUCUUGUUGGAGGUCAGGACGGGCAGAAUGAAAAAGAUGCCCGGCCUAGAGAUCGAGUCGGGUAUCGAAAAAGCGAUCCGCUCAGGUCCUGUCCGAGUCACCCGCCUAGGUCUGGAAGAUGACGAGCACGACCCGAUAUUCCAUGGCGGGGUUGACAAGGCCCUCCACGGCUACUGUUGCUCCCAUUAUCCGAAUUGGCGUGCCGAAUAUCCUGCCGCCGCGGAUCGCCUUCGCUGGGGCAGUUUCGGCGAGAACUUUGUCAUGCGUCACAUGAACGAGCGGAAUGUUUGCAUCGGCGACGUCUUCUCUGUUGGCGACGAGGUUCUCGUCCAAGUCAGCCUGCCCCGGCAACCGUGCUUCAAGCUGAACCAUCGCUUUCACAUCAAAAACUUCGCCCCGCAGACGUACCGCACUAGUCGCACGGGGUGGUACUACCGCGUCCUCCGCGAGGGCACAGUCCAGGCCGGCGAUGCCGUCACUCUUGUCGAACGUCGAUGGCCCAAGUGGACCAUCGAGCGGGUGCAGGAGUACCUGCACCGAAACCAGGACGAUCUCGCCAUGAACGAAGAACUUGCCGCCAUAGAGGCCAUGGGCGAGGAAAGCCGGGGCGCAUUUCGGACACGGGCGGCUAAAGCCAAAGCCAAAGCCAAGGCCAAGGCCAAUGCCAAUGCCGACAAGGGGCCGAAGGAGAAAUGGCGGGACUUCCGUAUCAUCGAUCGCAAGAUCCAGACGCCGCGCAUUGCGUCUUACAUUCUCGAGGCCGUCGCCCCGGAUUCGGAGGCGGAGCCCUUUCCACGCGGUGGCACCCACGUCAGACUGCGUCUCCCCAACGGCCUUCAGCGCUCCUAUUCCAUCGUCUCGGGCGACCCUAACAAGUUCGAAUUGGCCGUGGCACUCGAACCGGCCUCGCGAGGCGGGUCCCGUUGGCUGCACAGCCAGGAUGCCGCGCCGGAGGCAGGAGCCGUCAUCCAAGUCGGCCGCAUGACGACGGACGUCCCGAACGCCAGUGCAGCAAGCCACCUCGUUUUCGUCGCGGGAGGGGUCGGCAUCACCGCCUUCCUGGCCCUCAUCGAGAACAACAUCUCUAUCCACUUGAGCCUCGAGUUGCAUUACGCCGUCCGUUCUGCUGAGGACGUGCCUUUCCGGGACAGGGUCUUCGCGCUUGGAUCAGCCCUGCACCUGUACGACGGGGCCAAGGGGGAAAGGAUGGACAUUGACCAGAUCGUGGGCGCGCUCAAGUGGAACAGCCAGCUGUACCUCUGCGGACCGUCGCGGAUGAUGGCAGCGGCGCGCGAGGCGGUUGGGAAGCAUGGAGUGGACGAGAAGGAGGUGCACUUUGAGGCGUUCGAGGCCGAGAUGGGCGGCGACCCUUUCGAGGCCGAGGUGGCGAACCGCGAUGGUCGAGUGGUGCGGGUCGGGGAGGAAGAGACCCUGCUGGAGGCCCUGAAGAGGGAGUUUGGCAGUGACGCCAUGGAUAGCAGCUGCGAAGUAGGGAACUGCGGCACUUGCGCGAUUGGUGUGAGAAGUGGGCGGGUCGAUCAUAGGGGUACGGCCCUGUCGAAGGAGGAGAAAGGAGAUGCCAUGCUAAGCUGUGUGAGCCGAGGGGUUGGGAGGAUUACUAUUGAAAUAUAGUCAUCUACGGAUAUAUGUCAGGCGAACUAUAAAUGAACAUAUAAAUGUACAUAUGCAGUCUAUCAUGAUGGCAGGUCUGGAUACUCUACUCAUACAUCCGUCCGUACGGAGCUUGAUGCGACACCGUAAGGGGUCGGGUUGUUUGUUGGUUUGACGACGAGCCACGCCAGGGAG